CAAAACCAUUAGUCCCAUUGAUUGCGUUGUCAUACGAUCACCAAAAUCACUCUUAAAUGGCAUAAAUGGUGUCAUGUUUGUUACAUACAUCAACAGGAGAAUAGGGGGUGUCUAUUCCUCGCAUUGUGCGAGAUUAGACAAAGCCAUCGCAGAAGUCUUCUUCCACCUCCUGUCCUCCGUCCUCCGCCCCUUCAUCCUGCACCCUAACUGAUGGCUCUCACCACCACACCGCAUGUCCACAACCCACCGCUGCCGCCCCGACCUUCUCCUCGCCCUCGCCCUCGCCCUCGCCCUCGCCGUCGGCCACCACCACCGCUCCAGCUUUCUCAUUGCUCCCACCGCCGGCCACCGCUCAUCAAAUGUUCGGCUCCGGCCGGAAGCGCCGCCUCGCCUUCCGCCAGCCAACCCGCCACCACUACCGAAUCAGCACUGCUCCCGACCCCUCCUUUAGGUCCGAUGGUCAUUGGAGCUAUGGAACCCAAACUCUAAGGUCUGCCGCCGCCCUCCACCACCUCGCCCACUGGCGACCUCGUCGGCGGUCGCUUCCCUACCCCUGGACCCCCAACCUCCCUCCACUAACCCCUGUGGUCAACCACCAUGGCGAGCUGGAGGUUGAAGAAUCACAGUAACCUUCUCUGACUGCUCGCACACUCCAGCAGCGCGCUCGACGAAUAGAUUUCCCUAGAGGCGAGCCCACUGCAAGUCAAGAUGUAGGCAGGUACGGGCCGGCCUGGUUGCCUGCAUGGGCCAUCCUGCAAAAAUAGUUUCUCAAACAUCUGCAGGAGCCCGCGUUUUGCAUAUGGGCCUCAAAUGUGCAGCCCGCCAAGCCUAGUGGGUUCUGCAGGCCAACCCUCCUUUCUAGGCCUGAUCAUCCAUCGGGUCGGGUCGGGUCGGGUUCGGGUCGGGUCACUUCGGGUUUUGGGUCAAAAAAUGUUGGCCCGCGCCCGACCCAUGACAUGGUCGGGUUGGGUUCGGGUUGGGUCGGGUUGGCCCGCAUUUUUGUGUGUAAUUUUCGGGUUCUAUCGGAUUUUUUUGAGUUUCGGGUCAAAAAUUUCGGCCCGUGCCCGACCCGUCACUUGAUCGGGUCGGGUCGGGUUUAUCGGGUCGGGUGGGCCAUGAUCAGAUCUACUCCUUCCUUUUCCUUUCCCUGCAUCAGGGCGACGCCCCAUCGGCAUCGCGCCCUUGAGUGCCGCCGCCGCCCCCUCCCUUCCUCCUACAUUCUGUGCCGCCUCCUCUCUCCGUCCUGCAGUCCGCGCCACCCCCUCCCUCACUCUAGCGAUACAGAGCUCCGCAAAAUCCGUUGCACAAGAGCCUCCAGAACCCGCACCACCACCACGCCGGCGGUGGCAACAGGCAGGCGCCGCAGCAGGAGAAGACCCCAUCGGCCCCUCAGUCCAAGGCGCCAUCAGUCCAGACUGCACCGUCCGUGACCGACGAGCCACCGGCGCCCGCCGACGAGCCGCGGCGGCAGGACCAACCGGCCGCCGAGGCGCCGGCGCCGGCGGGUGGGCAGCAAGAGCCGCAGCACAAGAUCUGCGUCGGGUUCGAGCGGCCGGAGACCAGCGACCUGACGGUGAUGCUGUACGGGAAGGAGGGGAUCGCCGUCAGGAUGGGCGUGCACAGGGACGUCCUCUGCCAGAGCAGCGCCUUCUUCGCGGUGCGCCUCGCCGGCGGCCACGGCCCGCCGGCGCCGUGCGUGGAGAUCCACGACUGCGACGAUGCGGAGAUCUAUGUCGAGACUGUCGGCCUCAUGUACUGCGACGAGGCCAAGCACCGGCUGCUCAAGCAGAGCGUCCCCCGCGUCCUGCGCAUCAUGAAGGUUGCCGAGGUGCCUGGCUUCCAUGGAUGCGUCAAGCCUUAUCUAGCUUGCGGCGGUUGCGGCAGCAAGUGUGCUUGCAUGCUCCUGCAAGGCAUAACGGGACUAAAUUCUUUAGGCCCGAUCUUUACCUGUAAACUCCAUAAACACAAAAAAAAACAUCACAACGAAUAUUUUGAUACAUGUAUGUAGUACUAAAUGAAGUCUAUUUAUAAAACUUUUUGCAUGGAUGUGAUGUAAAUCGCGAGA